AUGGGCAAGCUGAUCAAGAACCACUGGGCUCGUCUGAUCUGCUUGACGGCCGCAACAUGUAAGUCGCCCACGACUCUCAUCAAGUCGACGGUGCCAACUGACGGUAUGGUGGGACAGAUCAAGUUGCCGCGGCGUUAGAAGGCUUCUUCUGGCCCAAAUUCUUCUUCGACUUCCUCACCAAGAACUUUGAUGGCGCCGUGAAGCCGGUACCGAUUCUUCAGGUCAUCAACCUGGUCGUCGCAUUCAUAUCGCUAGCGUACGAAUGGCCACUCAAAUACGUUGCCGGCACGUCGAUACAGCGGAGCUUGGAAGUGCGAUUGAUGUGGUUACCGCUGGCUAGCCUGACGAGCAUAUUGUUGUACCAGGCAACCAAUCCCGCGUUGUAUUAUUUCAUCGGGAUGGUAGUGUACCUCUGGGCAUAUGGCGAAGGAGAGGUGAGUCGUUGCGACAGUCUCGUCUCAUGGGCGGAGGUCUUGUUGCUGACAAUCGAGGCAGGUCAUAUGUGCGGUACCGUGGACAUUACCCAAGCGAGCGGACCGACGACGAGCUGAGAGAGCAUGA